AUGGCUGCCAACAACAAAAUUGGUAAAGACGCCACGACCAGCAAACGUUCAAGAGUGAAUUUGGCAUGCAACAGAUGUCGUGAAAGGAAAACCAAAUGCGACGGUGGAAAACCUUGUGCAACAUGUGCUAAACGCAAUGCCGGUUGUGUCUAUGGAACAAAGUACGCUAGAGCUAAUGUUACGGUCGAGUAUGUCAGAGAGUUGGAAGAGAGGUUGGGUAUAGCUUCGACUCAAUCCAUUAUGCCUCCCAGUAUCAGCAACACGAUCUCGUCCGAGCGUGGGUAUUCAAUGCAACAAAAUCUCAAUGGAAGCAUACCACCCCCGCUACAAGGUUCAACUUAUCAGCAUCGUCGUCAAGAGUCGGUUGCAAAUGCUACACAGAGUGAAGCCACCGGUGUUACCCCGUCAAGCUCCAUAAAUACCACCAAUUCUACCUCCAGUGUGUUCAGAAGCUCAAAAGAUUCCACUAGUGCAAUGGGUGCAGGAGAUAUGGCCAAACACAAGGGAAAAGACAGAGAUUACUAUGGAUCUUCAGCUGCAAUAUCGUUUAUGAACAAUCUAUCAAGCAUCAUCGAUAAAUCUGAUACAGAGAAUGAUGAGACAGAAACUUUCUACAAGAUGUCUCGAUCUGAUCCAAUGACGACAGUUGCAGUUGCUGACUUGGAGCUCCCGCCUAGAGCUCUUGCUGACCUCUGUGUCCAAAACUACUUUGAAUUUGCCUACACUUUGUACCCAUUUGUGCACAAACCAACAUUCAUGGCCACUUACAACUCAUUAUGGGGAGAUGAAGAAUCUGGAGUUGAUGAAUUGUUCUACUCAAUUGUCAAUGUGAUAUUUGCAUUUGGCUGCCAAUUGGCUCCCGCUUUUCAAAAUAUGGAGGACAAUUCUGACAUAUAUUUUGAAAGAUCACAAAGAUAUCUUCGAUUUCACUUGAUGGACAGUGGCUCGGUCUUGUUGGUGCAAGCUCUAUUACUCAAUGGUCAAUUCUUACAGGCAAGUUCUGGCCUGGCCGGCUGUUGGAACAUUGUGGGGUUAGCCAUUAGAAUUGCACAAGGGUUGGGAUUGCAUCAGGACCAAAACUAUGCUUCCACAAAGAGUCUCAUCGAGAGGGAGAUUAGGAAAAGAUUAUGGCAGGGUUGCUUGUUAAUGGAUAGAAUUGUGUCCAUGACUUUGGGAAGACCAAUGAUGGUGGUGCAGAAUUCUGAGCAAGGAGAAGUACCAUUAUGUUUGGAUGACGAGUACAUCAAGGAUGAAGAGGUGUUGCUAAUGGAUGUACCAUCCAAAUUAGACUUUUUCGCUCAGACCAUCAAGUUAUACAACAUACUUGCCGAUAUUCUCAACUCGGUUUAUCCCAAUGAUCAACUUGACAACAACCCACAAAUAUUGCUUGAUAUUUUCAAAUUUGAGCACAGACUACACAACUUUGAAGCGAAUUUGCCUAACCACCUACACUUUAGUGCUGAAUUACAAAAAAUGGUUCCCUUUGCGAGACAAAGUAUAGUAUUACACAUCAGAGUGCUUCAUCUCAAAAUACUACUUUAUCGUCCAGUGUUGUUUCCAAAAAAGUCCAAUACAUUUGAAGUCAAGGGCUCUGAGUUGUACACGUCAUCACAAAGGUCGGUUGCAUUACAUUGCAUAACUUUAGCCAUGGAAUUCCUCGAAGUUAUCUCCAAAUAUCGUGCUGGAGAUAUUGUUUACUUGCCAGCCCACUGGUACAAUGUGUUUUAUAUUUAUUCAAUUGGAACUGUUCUUCUUGCAGCAAAUCUCCAAGUUACCUUACAUAAGGAUAUGGAUAUGGUGGCAUUUGAAAGAGCAUGGAGCUUGUGUUUGGAAAUGCUUCGUUCGUAUACUCAACAGUCUGAAUCAGCAAGUCGUUGUCUAGAGGUUUUGGAAAUGAUGGGAAACAAAGUUCAAAUAUCAUCACGAAGAUUAGCCACGCAAGCGAAUACUCCUAGUAAUGAUGUUAUUACACUUCGGGAGCUGGAAAUGCACUACAGCCCUGGCUCCACGUCACCAGAGGUGCCUACAGAUGUGUUGUACUCUUUGCUUUACGAUACUGCUGGUCCGUUUGGAGGUCCUUUCCAUUUUGCGGAUGAUAUAGCUGCAUUUCACUUACGUUAG